CCAUCGGACCCAUUUCCGACCAUGCGCGUCCUCCCAGAGUUCGUCUCCAAUUUGGCACGUGGCACUCGCAUGCCACGCUCUCUCUCUCUGACUCUCCCCCUCUCCGCCCCAGAGCUCAGCUAUAUAAACGACCUCUCCUCCCCGUACGCUCCUCACACCAUCUCAUCUCCUCCUCCUCCUCCUCCUCCUCCUCCUCCUCUCUUGCAUUUCAGCAAGCAAGAAAGCGACCAAACCCAGUAGUCUCCAAUAACUCUUCCGAAUCAUCGAAAUAAAAACAAUAUUUUGGGACUCGGUGUCUCUUGGUUAGCGUGCGUGCGCUCGUGUCUGCCUCUUAUAGUCGGUGUUUCUCGUGUCGCAGUAAACUACGCACGGACGAAACCACCCGUCCCAAGGAACACCGCCCCAAUUGUCUCUCUUCCUCACGGCUUCCGAUAUCCUUCCUGUUUCUUCAGCUGACACUUUUUCUGGGUUCAUUUGAUCUUCGGCGAUACGAAGAUGGGUCAGGACAAAGCUGGUUUCGAGGUCGCCCUCGAUCUGCCUCAGCAAGGCGGUGGCUCCAAGUGCUUCGAUGACGACGGCCGUCUCAAACGAACUGGCACCGUGUGGACGGCCAGUUCUCACAUAAUCACAGCUGUGAUCGGGUCGGGAGUGCUGUCGCUGGCAUGGGCCACGGCGCAGCUCGGGUGGAUCGCUGGGCCGGCAGUGAUGUUCCUGUUCUCCUUCGUCACUUACUACACCUCUUCCCUCUUGGCUGCUUGCUACCGCUCCGGCGACCCCGUCACCGGCAAGCGUAACUACACUUACAUGGAUGCUGUCCACUCCAAUCUCGGCGGGGCAAAAGUGAAGUUAUGUGGAAUGGUUCAGUACCUGAACCUUUUUGGGGUUGCCAUUGGCUACACCAUUGCAUCCUCCAUAAGCAUGAUGGCAAUCGCCAGGUCAAAUUGCUUUCACAAAAAUGGCGAUGAUAGUCCUUGCCACACGAGUAGCAAUCCGUACAUGAUCGCUUUUGGGGUCAUCGAGAUCUUUCUUUCCCAAAUCCCAGACUUCGACCAGCUGUGGUGGCUCUCCAUCGUGGCCGCCGUCAUGUCGUUCACUUACUCAAUCAUCGGCCUCGCCCUCGGCAUCGCAAAAGUCGCAGAAAAUGGCAAAGUCGGAGGAAGUCUCACUGGGAUAAGCAUUAACACUGUCAGUCAAACUCAAAAGAUAUGGAGGAGCUUCCAGGCUCUUGGUGACAUAGCUUUCGCCUAUUCAUACUCCAUCAUCCUCAUUGAAAUUCAGGACACGCUUAAAUCCCCUCCGUCAGAGUCCAAGACGAUGAAGAAGGCCACCCUGGUCAGCGUGGGAGUCACUACUCUAUUUUACAUGCUCUGCGGCACCAUGGGCUAUGCCGCCUUCGGGGACAUGGCGCCAGGUAAUCUCCUUACAGGUUUCGGGUUCUUCAACCCUUAUUGGCUGAUCGACAUAGCGAAUGCCGCCAUCGUGAUCCACCUCAUCGGUGCUUACCAAGUCUACUGCCAACCCCUCUUCGCCUUCAUCGAGAAACAUGCGGCAAAGAGGUUCGGGGACAGCCAGUUCAUCACCAAGGAGAUCGAGAUCCCGGUCCCGGGUUUCCGACCUUUCAAGCUAAAUGUCUUCCGGAUGAUUUGGCGAACCAUUUUCGUGAUUCUAACCACCGUGAUCUCGAUGCUGCUCCCGUUCUUCAACGAUGUGGUCGGACUGCUCGGCGCUCUGGGAUUCUGGCCUCUGACGGUUUACUUCCCGGUCGAGAUGUACAUCGCCCAAAUGAAGAUCCCCAAGUGGAGCACCAAAUGGCUAAGUCUCCAAAUCCUCAGCGCCGCUUGCCUCAUCAUCACUAUAGCUGCUGCUGCAGGCUCGAUCGCUGGGGUCGUGCUCGAUCUCAAGUCCUACAAGCCUUUCAAAACUAGCUAUUAAUUCGCCCCGACAUCACCAAUCUUCUCGUUGCUGAUAAGGAGUCGCGAGGCUGGGGAGGAGUCUAAUUUUAGGAAUUUGCUUCUUUUUUGUGUCCAUAGGAUGCCUAAGGAAGAGAAAUCGAUCCACAAGUUGAUCGACAGCUCCACAUUGUUUUCCGGUGGAUGUAACGCAAGGUUGAAGUUUGUAGUCUUGCUUUUCGCGAGAUAUGAUAGGAGGGACCGACAACUACUGUGAGUCUGUGAUGUCAACUUUGCCUACUCUGUUCUUGUUUGCUGGAGAAAAAACGAAAAGCACAAGUUGACAGAAAGUCCAAAAGAGACAUCCGCCUUUUAAACGUUUGA